UGCCCCCGCCCCUGCCCGGAGUCCGUGUCCCCGCUGUCCUCCGUUCUGGCUCCGUGGGGCACAGCGGGACUCCCGGACGGCGCACCACCAUGUGGCUGCAGGCACUGUUCUUCCUCGUCCCCCUUCUCCUCCUCCUCCUCGUCCUGCUCCCCCUCCUCUCCCUCCUGCUCCCGCGGAUCCCGGCCAGUCGCAACCCGUUCGCCACCGACAGCCGCCGCCCGCCCGCCCCGCUCGUCACCGACAAGGCUGUGCGCAGGACCGUGGUCAAGACAGUGUUCUCGGCAGAGAAGGUGCCCCAGGGGCUCGAUGCCAUCGUGGUGGGCAGCGGCAUUGGUGGCCUGGCAGCCGCGGCACUGCUGGCCAAGGCGGGCUGGCGUGUGCUGGUGCUGGAACAGCACGGGAAGCUGGGGGGCUGCUGCCACACCUUCACUGAGAAGGGCUUUGAGUUUGACACUGGGAUCCACUAUGUGGGGCAGAUGCAGGAGGGCUCCUUGAUGCGGUUCCUGAUGGACCAGCUGACAGAUGGGCAGCUGGAGUGGGCCCCGCUCCCAGCCACCUACGAUGCCGUGGUUUUGGGGGACCCCCAGGGUGGUGGGAAGACCUUCCACAUCCAUUCUGGGAAGAGGGAAUAUUUCCGGAGGCUGAAGGAGCAGUUCCCUGAGGAGGCAGCGGCCAUCGAUGAGUUCCAGCAGUUGCUGAAGAGCACUGGCCGUGGGGUUGCGCUGCUGGGGAUCCUAAAGAUGCUCCCACGGUUCCUGGCUGGGCUCCUGAUCCGCUCCAGGCUGCUCCCACGCCUCUGCUCCUUCUCCCACCUGGCCUCACGCAGCCUCAAGGAGGUGGUGGAUGGUCUCACCUCCAACCCUGAGCUCCGGGCUGUCCUCUGCUACAUCUUCCCCACCUACGGUGUACUCCCCUCCCAGGCCAGCUUCUCCAUGCACAGCAUCCUGGUGAAUCACUUCCUCCGUGGCGCCUGGUACCCCAAGGGUGGGGCUGGGGAAAUCGCCUUCCACACCAUUCCCGUGAUCCGGAAGGCCGGAGGCAAUGUGUUUGGGAAGGCACCGGUGCAGAGGAUCCUGCUGGACCCCCAGGGCAGAGCCUGUGGUGUGAGUGUCAAAAAAGGCCAAGAUCUGGUGGAUAUCUUCGCUCCCGUGAUCAUUUCGGAUGCCGGGAUCUUCAACACCUACGAGAGGCUGCUGCCGGCGGAGGCUCAGGCUCUGCCAGAGAUCCAGUCCCAGCUCCGCAUGGUGACCCACGGUGAGGGCGGUUUCACCGUCUUCGUUGGCCUCAGCGGCUCGAGGGAAGAGCUGGGGCUGGAACCCACCAACUACUUCAUGUACCAAGGGAAUGACCUGGAUGGAAUGAUGAAACGCUACCUGGGCUCGUCCAGAGAAGAAGCUGCCAACAACAUCCCUUUCCUCUUUGUCACCUCACCAUCAGCCAAGGACCCCACCUGGGAAAUGAGGCACCCAGGUAAAUCCACAAUGGCCAUCGUCACCUUCGCCAGAUACGAGUGGUUCAAGGAGUGGAAGGACAAACAGGUCCACAAGCGGGGGGAUGACUAUGAGGACCUGAAGAAGACUUUUGUGGAUGCCAUCAUGCAGACUGUCUUCAAGCUUUACCCUCGCAUCGAGGGCCGGAUCGAGUACCUCUCAGGUGGGACUCCCGUCACCAACCAGCACUACAUCGCCAGUCCCCAGGGGGAGUUUUACGGCGCCAACCACGACAUCCCCCGCCUGCAGGCCGAAGCCAUUGCUGCUGUGCGGGCAGACACGGCUGUGCCCAACCUCUACCUGACAGGGCAGGAUUUGUGCCUGGGGGGGUUCAUGGGAGCCCUGCAAGGAGCCAUCGUCUGCGCCAGCACCAUCCUCAAGCGCAACCUCUACGUGGAUGCGGCGUGGCUGAGGAUGCACUUGCAGGCCAGCAGCUCCAAGAAGGGAGACUAAAGCCCAGCACCCCAGCACCAGGGACCCCUGCUCCCCAUCACAUCACCCCCACCUCGCUCAGCUGUCAUGCACCUGUAGCAGAUCUGUCUCUAUUUGAAGCCGAGGGAUUUCAGUCCAGAAGAUGCCGUUCCCAUUCCUAGAGAUUGUGCUGGAGCUCACCCCCACCAAAAUAAUGCAUCCCCUUCCACCAUCAUGUCUAGUGCUGGUCCCUGGCCAUGAAGGGACUCCUGCUCCCUCCCCAUUGCCCCAAGGCAUCGGUGGCACAAACACACUCUCCUUCAGCAGCAACAAAGUCCUGUCUGCUGGUAAAACCUUGGGAGCAGGAUCAAAGUCCUCUCCAGAUGGGAAGGGAAGCACUUGAGACUGGAAGAAAUAAAACAGUGAUAAUGAUCCUGA